GGCUCGAGGGGGGCGCGCGUCUGGCGUCGGCGGGUGCGCCCAGCGCCGCUCCCGGGAGUCAUGGCGACCCUCGCGGACUCCUUCCUGCAGGAUCUCGAAGAUCUGGAGGAGGACCACGACGAAGAUGACGGAAAGGGCAAGGCCACCAAGGGCAAGGCCAAGAAGGGCGGCGUCGUGGUGGCCGGCGACGACUCAGACGACGAGAUCCCCGAUGCAGUGGCCCUGUUCGAGCAGGCGGAGAAGACAGGCAGCUCGAGCGUGUCGGAGAUGUUGAAGAACGACGAGUUCCAGAAGCUCAUGGACGAGGUGCGCGAGCGCAAGGACGAGCAGCCGGCCCUGGAGCUGGGCAAGCAGCUCAGCGAGGAGGACACGGAGUACCCGCUGAUCACGAGAUGCAACUCGCUCGUCCGUGAGAUCGACGAUGAGAUGCUGAAUAUCCACCGCUUCGUCCGCGACAUCUACUCCAAGAAGUUCCCGGAGCUGGAGUCCAUCGUCACCAGCCCCCUGGACUACCUGCAGGUGGUGCAGCGCAUAGGCAACACGAAGGACCUGACGACCAUAGACUUCUCUGACAUCCUGCCGAAUACGGCCGUGAUGGCCAUCACCGUCACGGCUUCCAUGACGGCGGGCACGACACUGCCAAGGCAAGAGCUGGACAAGAUGAUGGUCGCCUGUGACGAGGCCUUUCUGCUCAACGACUGCAAGCGCGACGUGCUCCUCUACCUUGAGAGCCGCAUGUCAGGCCUGGCGCCCAACCUCUCGGCCCUGCUUGGCGCAGCCCUCGCCGCGAAGCUGAUCACUGCGGCGGGCGGCCUGCUCAACCUGGCCCGCAUGCCAGCCCAGAACAUUAUGCUGGUGGGCUCCCAGAAGAAGGCCCUCCUGGGCAUGGCGCAGUCCUCGUACCACACGCAGGGCAUCAUCCUCGCCAGCGACCUCAUCCUUAGCACUCCGAUGGAGUUCCGCAACCGGGCCGUCAAGCUGGUGGCCGGCAAGUGCGGGCUCGCCGCGCGGGUCGAUUCUUUCCACGAGUCUCCCCUCGGGCAGGUCGGGACGCAGCUGCGGGAGAAGAUCCUGCAGUCGCUGGCGAAGGCGCAGGAGCCACCGCCCGCCAAGCAGAAGAAGACACUGCCGCCGCCGGAGGACAAGCCCCGCGCCAAGCGCGGCGGCAAGCGCCACCGUCGCAUUAAGGAGAAGUACGGCCAGUCUGAGUUCAAGAAGCUGGUCAACCGCGUCAAGUUUGGUGUCGAUGCCGAGGAGAACAUCUACACGGAGGAGUGGGGCCUCGGUAUCCCUUUCUUCGAGGGCAAGCCGCAGGCGUUGAAGACCGUGAAGGUCAACAAAGAGAAGCAGCUGCAGGCGCACCUCAAGGCGCAGAAGCGCCAGCGAAACGCUGCGGCCGCGGGCAACGAGUCUGGGCUGUCGAGUUCUCUAGCGUUCACGCCUGUCCAGGGUAUCGAGCUGGCUAACCCGAACGCGACUCGAAAGGCACCAGACGUCGGCGAGAAGUACUUCUCGAACUCUGCCGGCUUCGUGAACCUCGCCACGCCCAUGAGGAUGUGAGUGCGCCUCUGUGGCACCCGCGUGCGCCUCUUGUAGUUGAGCUUGGGCCCCCCCCCCAGCGGGUAGGCUGUUGUCCCCUCUGAAGACUGGCAGGACUCCCUCGCUGUCCGCGCUCGGUGCGUAUGAGGUGCGAGCGGUGAC